AUGGUUGCCAAGGUUCUCUUCUGGAGCGGCUUCGGCUUCGCCGCCCGCUGGUGGCAGAUGGGCAUCGAAAUGCGCCCAUUCUUCAACAAAGAGUCCCUUUGGGUUUAUCCUAUCUAUAUGGCCGGCGGAGCUGGUUUCGGUUAUUGGCUACAGGGCGUGGAGGACCGACAGAACGACCAGAUCGCCGAGAGGAAACAGAGCCUGCUAGAGAAGAGGGCGAGGAAGGCGCUCAGGGAUGCGGAAGCAAACAAGACUGAGGCCGAGGCGUAA